AGAACACCAACCAUCCUAACUCAUCAAAGUGAUAAGACUGUCUCUCUCUCUCUUUCUCUUGCUUUUGCUCUCACUUUUCUUUGUUCUCGCAGUUUCUUUGUUUUCUCAUUGUUUCGGUUCAAGAAAACCGAAUAAAUACCCUACUACUUCGAUCGAUGUUAACUUCUGUCUUUGCUUCAACCAACCAACGAAGAUAGGAUAAAAAAAAAAAAAUUAAACCCCCGCAAGGCUAGAAACCAUGCGAAAUCUCCGUUCCUUUCCUCUCCAAUUGUUGUUUCGUACACUAUUUACGAUCGGUCUAGUCACUCUUCUCAUGACCGAUGCUUUUGUAAUACAAAACAACAACGCGGCCAACAAAACAAAAGAGUUUACUACAUCUGCGACGAUGAACAACUCCAUUAUGCGCACUAAGGAAAUACAACAAGAGCUUGAAGAUGGAUCAAGACACGGCGAUCUUAGCUACGUAGCCAGCAAAAGAAAAGUGCCUCGUGGACCCGAUCCUAUACACAACAGGAGAGCAGGAAAUUCAAGGCGACCACCGGGAAGAGCAUAAGAAUGGUGAACGCGUGGGGAAGAAUUAGCAAAAAAAAAAAAAAAAAAAAAAAGGCUGAAGCAGAGAGAGAGAGAGAAGUAUUUGUUGGCAAAUAGGUCUUGUAAUGCUGCUAGAUUCUCUUUUCCUUUCAUUUGGGAUCGAAUCCCUUAAAUAUGCUCAAAAUAUUUGUGACCCUACUUUCCUAUUUUUUUAAGUUUUGUUUUUUCCUAGCGAAGAAUUCUUGAGCUAGCUAGAGGAGGUAAAAGAAAACAACUAGACGGAUAUAUAAUUAGAAACAAAUGAUAUAAGAAAAAAAUACACAUAUUGGAGUACUUUUAUAGUGAUCCAUC